AUGCUCCACGCGGUGCCGGAGGCGGAGGAAGGCAGCUCUCUGCCACUGCUGGGCGUGAGGAUGAAUGACACAGAGGGCACCGUGCUCCUGGGCGUGUCGUGCACGCAGGACAAGAAGUGGAAAGUGACGGUCGGCGGUAAGAGCCGGAGUUUGACAGAUGUUGAUGAUGUUACGUGGAAAGCAGACACAGCCUACCAAGUGAUCUUGCAGAUGAAUACUGACGAUGAGUUGUCUGUGUACGUCGACGGGGACGAGAUAUACGCGAGCGACGAAGAUGAUGAAGAGGAAGAUGGCGAUGGUGGCAUCGCCUCUGAGGUGGCUGAACUCUUCAAGCCGCACAGGAUCUCGCACAUUUACGUUGGCGGGGACGGGGCGGAGGGCACGAAGACCAGCCACCACGUGACGGUCUCCAGCGUCCUGCUGUACAACCGCGCACUGGGUGGAGAUGAGAUCACACAGCUCGCAGGGAGCAAAGUGGCUCUUGGAGGACCAGCUGCCGGGAACGCAGGCGGCGAGCUGCAGGCGGCCCCUUCAGUGUCCACCUCUGGGGGCGGGGAGCCUGUACCCGAAGUAGAGCCUGAGGACGCCCACGGUGAGCAGCGAACGGAGGACGGCGGGGGCACGGAGGGCCUGCAGGGAAAAAAGGACGAUGCUGCUAAUGAGGCACCGGUGCGUGAGGAGCGUUCGCCGGCGGUGUUGGGGAGUGGCGGUGCAAAUGCCUCUCCUCAGCAGCCGGUAAAUGGGCCGCCGCCUGUCGCCGGGGCCCCGAAAGUUGAGGGCGAACAGUCGCAAAAAGGGGAAACGGGGCCUGCUGGGGCCCCAGCGCCGCGGGAGGACGUCGUGGAAGCGCCGGGCCUUGGAGUUGCGCCGCCGAGCAGCGACGUGAAGGUCGCUCCUGCGCCAUCCGCCGGGGCCUCCCACCUCAUCCCCCCCAGAGAACCAGCACCGCGAAGAAGGAGAGGAAGAGGAAGAGGAAGAGGAAGAGGAAGUGCCGUCUCAGUUAUCGCAGGAGGCGGGCAAAGAGGCAGGCGAGGCGUCAACACCUUCUAA